CUCUCUCUCUCUCAACCAGUCCACAGGUUCAGUGUAGGCGUUCAGCCAGGAACUAAGCUAGAGAGUGGUCCCGCCUCCCUGCACCUGUGCAACAACCUACUGGUCCUCACUAGGGACCUCCCCCCGGCCGUGAUUGGCCAGUGGAAGCUGUCAGACCUGCGUCGCUAUGGCGACGUGCCCAAUGGCUUUGUGUUUGAGGGCGGCACUAGAUGUGGAUACUGGGCUGGUGUGUUCUUCCUGUCCUGUUUAGAAGGAGAGCAGAUCAGCUUCCUGUUUGACUGUAUAGUCAGAGGCAUCUCUCCUAGUAGAACACCUAGUGGCCUCAGACCUAACCUACCAGAUCCCAGUGCUAGCCGGUCCUCCUCAGAGGAGAGGAUCAACCAUGAAACAUCGGAUCUAGAGAGAAGACUCAGCAUGAUGUCUCACAGCAGUAGACAGAGCACUACAGCCUCCACCUCCAGUUACAGCACCUCCGUUGCCGGGGACGACCGCAGCAGUAUCUCUUCCUCUUCCUCCAGCCAAUCAGACGCCAGCUACGGAAGCCACUUCCCUUUAUGGCCAGAGCCAAAACGCCCCACUUCCUCAACCGAGACCCUGUCGGCACCUCCCACUGCGAAGUCCUCGACCAAUCUGGACGAGGAUCUCUAUAACGCUGUCAUGAACCGCACUCCUUUCAAACCGCCUUCCCACCUUCGCAGUCUCCACGACAGCGGGCGCCAAAGCUCGUUGGACAGCGGGAUAGGCGUCGCCACGGCCAGCAGCCAAUCGUCUUACUCUGGGAGCUUCUCUUCCUGUACGGGCAGCCUGGACACAGCCAGUCAAGGAGGAGGGGAGGAGUUUGGGUCUGUCCUUAGUCUACCUCCCCCUCUUCUCUCUCUGCAUCCUCUUUCUCUACCUCCCUCUCUACCUCUUCUUCCUCCACCCAGUCUACCUCCUCCACCUCCUCCUCUGUCCUUAAGGACCCCUGAGCCCGGCCCUCUCUCCCCCCCUACUCCCGGCUCCUGCCUCCCGUCUUGCUCCUCCUCCUCCAGGACUAGUGGUUGUAGCUCUGGCGCCCCCUGGUGUCAGAGUGAGGAGUACCAGGCACCCAACCUUCUCAGACUACAGUAUGACAGCCCCAGGAACCUCCUGCACACCCUGGCCUUCAAGGAUCCUCCACCCCAGGGAGGAGCACCCGAACUGGGCAGGGACAGGCGGCUCGGUGGGGAUGGAGAUCAAGGACAGAUCCAGGGGCACGAGUGUCCUUCCCUUCCUUCCAUACCCACUGAGGACUCUCUCCAGUGGGUAGAGACCCCGAGGCAGGCCCCCGUAGAAAGGCCCCUGUCCUGGAGCAGUGAGAGAGCGCCCCCUGUGGACAGUGGUGAUCGGUGCAGCAUCGUGUCCGCUCGGCUCACACCCAGACCUCUGCUGUUACCUGGCUGUCCAGUGUGUGGAGGAACUCAGAGUCAUCAUCCCUGUGUAGAUCACAACUACAUUACCCAUGAGCAAUGGUUCUCACCUAGAAAGAGACAUGUUACGCAGACAAACAACCCUUCACAUUCAGGGCUUUCCCCAACACCAGAUCCACCACCCCAGUGUAGAGAGGUGGGGCGGGGUGAGGCGGGCCUCUCUCACCCUCUAGAACCAUCCUAUUCACCCCCACCUCCCCACGGCACGAUGACGCCAAGCAGACAGACCUCAGUCUCUGGCGGGAGAUUCUUUAAGUUUUCUCCGGAUGCCUCCGCCAUGAUGAUGUCAUCAGUCCUGGACAGGCGUCACCACCCCGACCCCAGUGUGAACUACGUCAACAUCCCCGUUAGCCCUGCGGCUAAAGCUAACAGAGAGCUGCUGUACAUGGAGCUGGAUCUACAGCCAGAGCCCUACGGUGGGCCAGUUUCCACCAGCACCACUGCAGCGAGGGGGGGCUCCACCACAUACGCCCACAUAGACAUCACAGCCUCAGAGACAGCUCAGAGAGUAGCAGCAGAACACGCCCAGGGGAGAGAGGACAGGCUGAUGGAGCUGGAGGAGAACACGCCCAGGGGAGACAGGACAGGCUGAUGGAGCUGGAGGAGAACACGCCCAGGGGAGAGGCUGAUGGAGCUGGAGGAGAACACGCCCAGGGGAGAGAGGACAGGCUGAUGGAGCUGGAGGAGAACACGCCCAGGGGAGAGAGGACAGGCUGAUGGAGCUGGAGGAGAACACGCCCAGGGGAGAGAGGACAGGCUGAUGGAGCUGGAGGAGAACACGCCCAGGGGAGACAGGACAGGCUGAUGGAGCUGGAGGAGAACACGCCCAGGGGAGAGGCUGAUGGAGCUGGAGGAGAACACGCCCAGGGGAGAGAGGACAGGCUGAUGGAGCUGGAGGAGAACACGCCCAGGGGAGAGGCUGAUGGAGCUGGAGGAGAACACGCCCAGGGGAGAGGCUGAUGGAGCUGGAGGAGAACACGCCCAGGGGAGACAGGACAGGCUGAUGGAGCUGGAGGAGAACACGCCCAGGGGAGAGAGGACAGGCUGAUGGAGCUGGAGGAGAACACGCCCAGGGGAGACAGGACAGGCUGAUGGAGCUGGAGGAGAACACGCCCAGGGGAGACAGGACAGGCUGAUGGAGCUGGAGGAGAACACGCCCAGGGGAGAGGCUGAUGGAGCUGGAGGAGAACACGCCCAGGGGAGAGAGGACAGAAAGGAGAGGCAUCCUGCAGUCUCUCUCUGUCUCUCACUCACUCACUCUCUCUCUGUCUGUCUCUCUCACAUCUACCUGAAAUGAUUUGAGUGUUUUCUUGUAAAUAGUAACUGCUUUGUUUGCCAAGAGAUUAUUUAUUAACUUGUUUUAUAUUCAGCCACCCUCUGCCUUGAUGACAGCUUUGCAAACUCUUGGCAUUCUCUCAACCAGCUUCACCUGGAAUGCUUUGCCAACAGUCGUGAAGGAGUUCCCACAUAUGCUGAGCACUUGUUGGCUGCUUUUCCUUCACUCUGCAGUCCAAGCCAUCUAAUUUAUGUGGAGGCUAGGUCAUCUGAUGCAGCACUCCAUCACUCUCCUUCUCAGUCAAAUAGCCCUUACACAGCCUGAAGGUGUGUUGUGUCAUUGUCCUGUUGAAAAACAAAUGAUAGUCCCACUAAGCGCAAACCAGAUGGGAUGGUGUAUCUCUGCAGAAUGCUGUGGUAGCCAUGCUGGAUAAGUGUGCCUUGAAGUCUAAAUAAAUCAGUGUCACUAGCAAAGCACCACCUCCUCCAUGCUUCACGGUGGGAACCACACAUGUGGAGAUCAUCCGUUCUCCUACACUACGUCACACAGCGGUUGGAAACAAAAAUUUGGACUCAUCAGACCAAAGGAUAGAUUUCCACCAGUCUAAUGUCCAUUGCUCAAGUUUCUUCUUCUUAUUGGUGUCCUUUAGUAGUGGUUUCUUUGCAGCAAUUUGACCAUGAAGGCCUGAUUCACACAGUCUCCUCUGAACAGUUGAUGUUGAGAUGUCUGUUACUUGAACUCUGUGAAGCAUUUAUCUGGGCUGCAAUCUGAGGCUGGUAACUCUAAUGAACGUAUCCUCUGCAGCAGGGGUAACUCUGGGUCUUCCUUUCCUGUGGCGGUCCUUAUGAGAGACAGUUAACUCAAAUGAACUAACUCUCUGCAGCAGAGGUAACUCUGGGUCUUCCUUUCCUGUGGCGGUCCUCAUGAGAGCCAGUUUCAUCACAGCACAGAAGAAUGUUUCAAAGUUCUUGAAAUGUUCCGUAUUGACUGACCUUCAUGUCUUAAAGUAAUGAUGGACUGUUGUUUCUCUUUGCUUAUUUGAGCUGUUUUUGCCAUAAUAUGGACUUGGUCUUUUACCAAAUAGGGCUAUCUUCUGUAUACCACCCCUACCUUGUCACAACACAACUGAUUGGCUCAAACGCAUUAAGAAGGAAAGAAAUUCCACAAAUUAACUUUUAACAAAGGUACACCUGUUAAUUGGAAUGCAUUCCAGGUGACUACCUCAUGAAUCUGGUUGAGAGAAUACCAAGAGUGUGCAAAGCUGUCAUCAAGGCAAAGGGUGGCUUCUUUGUAGAAUCUCAAAUAUAAAAUAAAUGUUGAUUUGUUUAACACUUUUUUGGUUACUACAUGAUUCCAUGUGUGUUAUUUCACCUUGUUGAUGUCUUCACUAUUAUUCUACAAUGUAAAAAUAAAG